AUUAAAGGACCAAAUGCAUUCUUUAGCUUAAAAAAACCAUUGAAUGUUGAAAUAAACUCAAAAAAACCCCUUCCAAAAUUUAGAGCUUAUAAAUAACAGUGAAGUGAUCGAGGAAUGGUGUGAAGCAAGAGGAAGUGAGGGCUAGCUGAUAUAAUCAUAAUUAAGCAGCCUCGAUAUUCUUUCAUUUCAUCAGCCACUUUAAUCCAAAACGAUGGCACAAAGCAGCGACGCAGGGAAAGGGAUGGUGGUGUGCGUCACUGGUGCUUCUGGCUAUAUAGCUUCAUGGCUCGUCAAGCUUCUUCUUCUUCGUGGCUACACUGUGAGAGCCACCGUGCGUAAUCCAAAUGAUCCGAGGAAGGUAGAGCAUUUGGUGAAACUGGAAGGAGCAAAGGAGAGAUUGCAGCUGAUGAAAGCAGAUCUGUUGGAAGAAGGUUCCUUUGAUGCUGCUGUUGAAGGCUGUGUCGGUGUCUUCCACAUUGCUUCUCCUGUGGUUUAUAGUGUCGACGUCGACCCUCAGAAAGAUCUUAUUGAUCCAGCAGUUAGAGGAACUCUGAAUGUUCUUAGAUCAUGCGCAAAAUCAACAUCACUGAAACGGCUCGUUCUAACCUCUUCCAUAUGUGCAGUGAUGUGUAAUGGAAAGCCUUUAACUUCAGACGUUGUUCUUGAUGAAUCAUGUUUUUCAAUUCCAGAUGCUUGCAACGAAUUUAGGCCGGAAUGGUCAGCAUAUAUACUUUCCAAGACAUUGGCAGAAGGAGCUGCCUGGAAAUUUGCAAAAGAAAAUAACAUCGACAUGGUUGCUAUCAAUCCAGCAGUGGUGAUAGGACCUAUCUUGCAACCAACACUUAACGCAUCGGUAGAAGAAAUUUUAAUUCUAUUUAAUGGUGCAAAGACAUUUCCAAAUAAAGUUUAUGGGUGGGUCCAUGUGAAAGAUGUUGCCGAUGCCCAUAUCCAAGCAUUUGAAAUUCCUUCAGCUAAUGGAAGAUAUUGCUUGGCUGAGUCAGUGAAACACUAUUCUGAAGUAGUACAGAUUUUGCGUGAACUAUACCCAACGUUACAAUUUCCAGACAAGUGUGAGGAGGAACAACCCUUUCAGCCAACAUACCGAAUUUCUAAGGAAAAGGCGAAGACAUUGGGAAUUGGUGAGUUCAUUCCAUUUGAAAGAAUGGAAAUGGAAAGCAACGCAGGAAAGGGAAAAGUGGUGUGCGUCACUGGCGCUUCUGGCUUUAUAGCUUCAUGGCUCGUUAAGCUUCUUCUUCUUCGUGGUUACUCUGUCAGAGGCACUGUUCGUGAUCUAAAUGAUUCAAACAAGACAGAACACUUGCUGAAACUGGAAGGAGCAAAGGAGAGAUUGCAGCUUGUGGAAGCAAAUCUGUUGGAAGAAGGUUCCUUUGAUUCUGCAGUUGAAGGCUGCGAGGGCGUCUUCCACACUGCUUCUCCUGUUUCUCUUGCUGUCAAAGAUCCUCAGACUGAACUUGUUGAGCCAGCAGUGAGAGGAGCUAUCAAUGUUCUGAAAUCAUGUGCAAAAUCACCACCAGUGAAACGAGUCAUUUUAACCUCUUCCAUAUCUGCAGUAAUGUGUAACGGAAAGCCUUUAACUUCAGACGUUAUAAUUGAUGAAACUUGGUUUUCAACUCCAGAUGGCUGCAAAGGAAUUAGCCAGGAAUGGUCAGGAUAUGUACUUUCCAAGACAUUGGCAGAAGAAGCUGCAUGGAAAUUUACAAAAGAAAAUGACAUCGACAUGGUCACUAUCAAUCCAGCAAUGGUGAUAGGACCUCCCUUGCAGCCAACGCUUAACACAUCCGUAGAAGCAAUUUUAAUUCUAUUUAAUGGUGCAAAGACAUUUCCAAAUAAAGUGUAUGGGUGGGUCCAUGUGAAAGAUGUUGCCAAUGCCCAUAUCCAAGCAUUUGAAAUUCCUUCAGCUAAUGGAAGAUAUUGGUUGGCUGAGUCAGUGAAACACUAUUGUGAAAUCAUAAAGAUUUUACAUGAAUUAUACCCAACGUUACAACUUCCAAACAAGUGUGUCGAUGAUCAACCCUUGAUGCCAACAUGUCAAAUUUCCAAGGAAAAGGUGAAGACGUUAGGGAUUGAGUUCAUUCCAUUUGAAGUGAGCCUAAGAGAGACGGUCGAAAGUUUCAAAGAAAGGAAAUUUGUUGAUUUUUAAUUAAAUUAUUGUAUUUAUUACAAUAAUCAUGAUUUUGUAUUUAAAAAAAUUGUUUCUUUGGGUUUAGACCAAUUCCUGCCGUAAUAAUGUAGACAUGUUUAUGUUCCAUCAAAAAAGAUGUAGACAUGUUUAUUGUUGUUUGAGAAGACAUUAUUAAUUGUAAUAUAUCGAGCUUGUAUUAAAUAAAAAAAAACAAAUAGACACUUUG